GUCGGGUGGUGUUCAGUGGGGACUCUUGGAACUCCCAGACACGAAGGGGAGGGGGCAUGUUCUGUGAGGGAUUAUCAACGACCGACUGAAGUGGAUCGGCACAGCCGCGGGAAGCGAAGCACUGUCGUGCCCCCCACAUGGACGUGUCGAUGUCAACAACCGUGGCGGAUUACUGGGAUGACAAUGAGAUGUUCAUCGUCCUCUUCGUCAUCAUGCAAUGGAUCAACCGGAGAAACGUCGCCGCCAUGGGCGUCCUUCAAGCUGCAGCAACAGUGUCGUUGUUUGGUUCGGAGAUUUCGUCCGUGCUCUUCCAUCUGGCCGGUGCGGUGAUGCACAGCGUGUCGUUGGCAUCUUGCAUUCCCGACGAAUUGGGUGCGAGGUUGGACCGGCGGCGGCGAAUAUGGGUGAUCGAACGCAGCGGGGGGUUGUGGAAGGAUCUGCAGAGGGUGGGAGUGGAGCACGACAAAGUGUUUAAGCGAUUUUGCAGGUUGCCGCGGCCUGUAUUCAACGACGUGCUCGCCCGAAUUGGCCCUCAUAUCCAGCGCCAGACGACGAACUGGAGGCAGCAUGUCCCAGUCGGCCAGAAAUUCGCUUGCGCUCUCAUCAGGUGGGCGACGGGAGGUUUCUACAGGCAGACAGCGCAUGGGCUGGGGUUGGGUUUGUGCAGCGGUCUUCGGAGUAACGAGGACGUGGCAGACGCUUUGAUAAGGGAGUACGGCAACAUUAUCUCGUUUCCGACAGGAGGGAGGAUGGAGGAAGUGCUUGUUGCCUUCGAGAGAAAGGGUUUCCCAGGGUGCAUGAGAGCCAUAGACGACACUCACAUAUACCUAGAAAAACCGAAGAACGAGCGGUCGGAGUGUUACGGGGCAGUACUCCGUGCAAGCCCAAGUGGUGUGCGACCACGAAUGCCGCAUAUAGAUGGUCGUUAUGUGGGCCGUUACGUGCUUGGUGAUGAAGGAUACCCAUUGCUGUCGUGGAUAAUGAUUCCUGUCGGCAACAAGGAAGGCGGGAGAAUGGCUGCGGAAGUGACGUACGACGAUUGUCACACUUCGGCGCGGUCAUGUAUCGAACGGACAUUCGGGCGAUUGAAGUCCGUUUGGAGACAUUUCAUCCGCCGUCAGAUUGGCAACAUGAAGACUCUGUUGAAAGAGUUCAUGGCGAUCUCCAUUCUCCACAACAUCAUGGUUGAUGCAAGGGUCAUCAUUGAUCCGGACCUGCUGUCCGAUGACAGCGAUGAUGACCGGAGUGAUGCGGAGAGCCAGCCACGUCGGCGAAGACGCGUCCACGCUGGAGGACAGCCGCCGCAGCCUCCGCCGCCUGAAGAAGAUCCUACAUACGGCGGACAGCUGGCGGGGGAGAUUAGGGAGAGUUUGAUUAGUCACGUGAGCAAUCACGCACGUGUGCACGGCGGUCCGCCGCCUAAUCCAUGGGGGCGGUAAUGGAAUUUUUCUUUUCUUUUUUUUAGCUCUUGUGCCCGGUGCGUUCCAUUUUAAUAAUUACAGACUUUCUUAUAGAACUCUCUCUCUCUCUCUCUCUCUCUCUCUCUCUCUCUCUCACACACACACACACACACACACACACACACACACACACACACACACACACACACACACACACACACACACACGUGUGUGUGUGUGUGUGUGUGAUCGAUUGCAAUGAAAGUUUGUAUAUAUCGACACARCAGGCAUGGGAGAGGGAGGGAGUGAAAAUCCCAAUGAAAUCAUAGUUUCAGA